CACUGGUGGAAAACUAAACAUGUCUUGAUUAAAGCAUCUUCAUAGCAGGGCUCUUCACACAGAACGUGUUUUCCAUUCCACUCUGAUAGCCUACUUAUCGAUUUUUUUUUCUGUUAACCGCUAGAGUUUAACUUUUGCGCAGGAGUCGACGCAGUGUUCUACAAAUAAGUUCAACUAAACGCGCCCGACCUUGCAUUUUUUCCGUGUUGCACUGCCAGCUAGCGUCUUGCGUUUUUGCUUUAAAAGUUUUUGCUUUCUGACUCUGAGCGAAUAUAAGAGGAAGACCCCAGAUUGUGAUGAAGACUGUGAUUGUGGUACAUGGUGGUGCGUGGGCCAUCCCAGAUGAGUUAGCCGAAGCAUCAAUGGCUGGAGUCAAGAAUGCUGUGCGGGCAGGGGAUACUGUUCUGAAGAAUGGGGGAAGUGCACUUGAUGCUGUAGAAAAAGCUGUGAGGUCUUUGGAAGAUGACCCAGUGUUUGAUGCAGGUCAUGGUGCAGUGCUGAAUGUUGAUGGAGAGGUGGAGCUGGACAGUAUCAUCAUGGAUGGGGAAACACUUGCCGCUGGAGCUGUGUCCUGUGUUAGAAACAUUGCUAAUCCUGUUAGUCUUGCUCGUGCUGUGAUGGAAAAGACAGAUCAUGUCAUGUUGACAGACAGAGGCGCGAGCAUGUUUGCAGAGCGCAUUGGGACUCCAGUAGCUCAUGAUUUGGUGACUCAGCCAGAACGUAAAGAGUGGGAACACAGCAAAAGCUAUCAAGCCGGAGUCAAAACGCUCUUCAACACACAUUGGGGCCAUGAUACUGUUGGAGCGGUGGCUCUGGAUUCUUUCGGUAAUGUGGCGUGCGCUACAUCCACUGGAGGAAUCAGAAACAAAAUGGUGGGAAGAGUUGGAGAUUCUCCUAUUAUAGGAUCUGGUGGAUAUGCAGACAAUAGAAGUGGCGCGGUCUCCUGCACUGGUCAUGGAGAGUCUAUUCUCAAAGUCACCUUAGCCAGAUUAAUCCUCUUUCAUAUGGAGCAAGGGAAAUCCUCCACGGCGGCCGCCACCGCCUCACUCCAGUACAUGUGUGAGAGAGUGAAGGGAUGUGGAGGUGCCAUUGUUCUGUCCUCUACCGGGGACUGGGCCACCAGCUUCACCACACCACGCAUGGCUUGGGCCACCAUUAAAGAGGACGUCCUGCACUAUGGGUUUAAUCCGAAAGAAGAGUUUACAGAGAUGCUGAAAUAAUAACGCGUUUUCUUUUUUGUUUUGUAUUUCAAUUAUAUUUUGAAUUGACAUUCAGCAAGUUCAUUCAUUUGUCUUGUUAGUUUUGAUCAGUUAGUCUGGUUUAAUUUCAUUUAUCCUUUAAAUAAACCUAAAAGUUAUUUUACCUCACUAGUAAUGAGAAACAAAUAGUCCUUGAGUCAUUGAUUUAAAAAAAAAAAAAGUUAUCUUUGACUACUGACGUAUGAAAACGUUUUAGUACCAUUUAGCUCUCAGGGAUAAUUCACCCAAAAAUGAAAAUUCGGUCAUCCUUUACUCCCCCUUUAAGUUUCAAGCCUGUAUAAAUUUCUUUUUGUUCUGCUGAACAAAAAAAGAAUAUAUUUGGGAGAAUGUUGGUAACCAAGCUGAUCUCUUUUUUUAUUAUUAUUUGUAUACAGCAGACAAUAAGAUAUUUGUACAGGCUUGGAACAACUUGAGGAGGAGUAAAGGUUGGCAGAAGUUUCAUUUUUUGAGUGAACUAUCCCUUUAAUAACAUUUAUACAAACUGUCACCUACUUUUAUAACAGUAUCCGUAUGAACAAACAAUAGAAAUAUUAUAUAGUGUUGAAACAUCUAUAGUGUAAGUGACUACAUGUAGAAAUUAUCUUUGUGUUCUGAUAAGCUUAACCCACAUUUAAUGAAUAAUGAUAUGAGUUCUCAUUAGUCAUUACAAAUUAGUCCAUAGACAUAUAUUGUGAAAAAUAUAACAGACAAAUGUAAAACAGUCAGUGUUAGGGAAAGUUACUUUUAAAAUAAAUGUGGUACAAUAUUGCAUCACUGUCCCUUGAAAAGUAUACAAUUGGAUUACUUAGUUACAUUUUAUGGAAAGUAUGUAAAACAUUUACUUUUGACUUAUUGUAAAGGCCAUUUUCCUCCAAAAGUGAAAUAAAGUGAAAUGAAGGAAACGCACGCCUGAACAAGAGAGGGCACAACUUUACUCAAACAAACCUUUCAGCUGUGCUCCUCUUCUGGAUCUCAAUAAGAGAACACAAUUCAACACUGUUAUGUCAGCAAUGAAAAAUAAUAACAAUAAAAUAAAACACAAAUGUGUUUGAGUAAAAGUCAUUUUUCUUAUUGGUAUGAUUGAAUUGGAUCAUCAAAUGCCAGCAGCAGAGACAUCGGUUAAUAAAGUAAGAAAAAAAUACAAGUAGACUAUUUGUUUUAUUUGACAUAAUUAUUGCAAAUUUUCUUAAUAUUCUGAGUUUGCAUUUCACUGUUUUUAUUAAUUCUAAGGAAUACUGAAUCUGUUUUUUGUGCAAGUGAGAUGAGUAAAUGCAUGCUCACAUUAUUGUAGUCUACAAUAAGCACCGUGAUAACAUAACUCAUGUUACUUGUAAUGCAUACCCACAACAUAGCUGUAUUUGGUUAAUUUAAUGUUGAUUGUGCUGUUUUUACUUUAUUAAAGCUGAAUAUUAGGUAUACCC